CCCGGCCGGAGGAUAGAUGUAAUAAAUAUAAGUCGCCCAACACCGUACCUUCGCUUCCCACGCUCAUUCCAUCUCAUUCCAAUCUAUACUAUUCAUCCCCACCCAGCCAAUCCAACAACAUGGCUCCCUCACUCGUGGAGAACGGCACCAACAACACCGCCGAGGUCGCCUACUUGAAGGACAGGCGUCAAGCCAACUACAAGGAAGCCUUCCAACAGGCCGCCGACACGACCCAGUACGAGACUGAGAUCAACGGAUCAGAGACUGCUCCCCCCGCCAAGUACCCGCAUUACCUUCCCUACUGGGACGAUGUGAAGUACCCUCCCUACGAGCCAUUCGAGGCCUAUGACCACGGUCGCGAUGCCGACCCCACCUUCCCCAACCUGAUCAAGGAAGGGGUCAACGUCAAAGACCUCACGGCCAACAUCGGAGCCGAAGUCACUGGUGUGCAGCUGAGCAAACUCUCCCGAGCCGGUCAAGACGAGCUCGCCCUCUUUGUCGCCCAGAAGAAAGUCGUCGCCUUCCGGAACCAAGACUUGGCCGACCUACCCAUCCAAGAGGCCCUCGACUUCGCGGAGUACUACGGCCCGUCUCACAUUCACCAAACAUCCGGCGCCCCCAAGGGCUUCCCUCGAGUCCACUUGGUUCACCGCAGCGCCAAUGACACCACUGCCAAAACCUACUUUGAGGAGCGUACCAACAGCAUCACCUGGCACAGCGACGUAACCUUCGAGUUGCAGCCCCCGGGCACCACCUUUUUGUAUCUCCUCGACGGCCCCACUGCCGGUGGCGACACGCUCUUCGGCAACAUGGCAGUCGCAUACCAGCGCCUCUCGCCGGAGUUCCGGAAGCGUCUCCACGGUCUGUCAGCAGUCCACUCUGGGCACGAGCAAGUGCAAGCGUCCAUUGCACGCGGCAGUAUCGCUCGCCGUGAGCCCAUCAGCACCAUCCACCCCAUCGUUCGAACUCACCCGGUGACGGGCGAGAAGGCGCUCUUCGUCAACCCGCAGUUCACUCGCCGCAUCGUCGGCUACAAGAAGGAGGAGAGCGACUUCCUCCUGAAGUUCCUCUACGACCACAUAGCCUUGUCUGCCGACUUGCAGGCCCGCGUGAAGUGGGAAGCCGGGACUGUUGUUGUCUGGGACAACCGUGUCACAUGCCAUUCGGCGAUUUUGGAUUGGCAGGACGGCCAGCGGAGGCAUUUGGCUAGACUUACUCCCCGGGGAGAGCGGCCGUAUGAGACGCCGUUUGAGGGUUAAUUGAUGUUGAGACUAUUUUCAAGAUGAUUAGAAGGUCGUGUCGUAUCAAUCUUCAGAGUCGUUCCGUGUUUGUCAUGGAAGGUGUCUGUCGUUGAAUUGUAGAUUUCCCCUCGAACGUCACGUCACGUUGAACAGUCGACAUCUCCAACUCAGACAACGUUCAAUCCAACUGGCAUUGAAACGAUCAGACUGGGUCUCUAGUCCAUCAACACACAGGUCGUCUCGAUGAAUCUGACGUCCGCCCAGUUUCAACAGUCGAGAUGGAUGCGAGGUCGGCCGUGUUCGAGCGAUCGCCCGUCGGUCCGUCGGCUGCAGACGAAGAACCGCAUCGUCAAUCGUGCGU